CUCCCUCCCGCGCCUCCCGCGCUCGCGCCCUGUCAGAGCCGCGGCCGCCGCCGGAGAGACGCGAUGGCCACCCCGCCCAAGAGGAGCUGCUCGUCGCCCGCCAUCGGCGCCGGCGGGGCCCGCAUCAAGAAGAUCGCCAUCGAAGGCAACAUCGCUGCAGGGAAGUCAACAUUUGUAAAUAUCCUUAAGCAAGUCUCUGAUGAUUGGGAAGUGGUUCCUGAACCUGUUGCCAGGUGGUGCAAUGUUCAGAGCACUCAAGAUGAAUUUGAGGAACUGACGACUUCUCAGAAAAGUGGUGGAAACGUGCUGCAGAUGAUGUAUAAAAAACCAGAGCGAUGGUCGUUCACCUUCCAAACAUACGCCUGCCUGAGCAGAAUACGGGCUCAGCUCGCCACUCUCAAUGGGAAGCUCAAAGAGGCUGAGAAGCCGGUGGUGUUCUUCGAGCGCUCCGUGUACAGUGACAGGUAUAUUUUUGCAUCUAAUUUAUAUGAAUCUGAUUGCAUGAAUGAAACAGAGUGGACAAUUUAUCAAGAUUGGCAUGACUGGAUGAAUAACCAGUUUGGUCAGAGCCUUGAACUAGAUGGAAUAAUUUAUCUCCGAGCCACUCCAGAGAAAUGUUUAAAUAGAAUAUACUUGAGGGGAAGAGAAGAAGAACAAGAAAUCCCUCUUGAAUACUUAGAAAAGCUGCACCAUAAACAUGAAAGUUGGCUCCAGAACAGAACAUUGAAAACCAACUUCGAUUAUCUGCAAGAGAUACCCAUCUUAACACUGGACGUUAAUGAAGAUUUUAAGGACAAACAUGAAAAUCUUGUUGAAAAGGUCAAGGAAUUUUUGAGCACUUUGUAAUAUUACAGAAGACAAUUGGCAGCCAAAUGAUUCCGAAUAAUUGAGUUUGUGCAUUUUCAUCUGCAACAAAAAAUAUGAACCACACAUGAACUAUGCAAUAUCUUUUUCUUUAGAAAAUCUGUGUAAAAGAUGAUGACCACAUUUUUAGCAUCUCGUAACUAUGGAAACCUUUAUGAACUAACAUCACAAAAACAUUGACCUCAGUGUGAACCAAUGCAGCUUUAAACUAUAAUGUCAGGAAUUCAUGAUAAGAGGGUCCCCAGAUGUUUCAUUAGAAAAAUUUCCUCAGUAUCUCUCUCGUCUAUCCCCUAAUUUAUAUUAGAAGUAAAGUAAAAUAAGGUGCAGUUUCUUAUCACUUCAUUGAUAUUUAUUGUUGUGCUGUCUGUGGGGCUGUUGUUAAACAAGCAGGUGGGUCUCUUCCCAAGUUUGGCCACUGACAGAUGGAAAGUCAUCUUGUCUAAUUUGCUUGAUCUCUUCUGUGAUUUUGUUUCUUCAUCUGUAGCAUGGGGAAGAUUUCUUCCCAUCUUCCAUGCUCUUAGGAAUAUUGAGGAUUUAUGGCAUAAUGUUUUAAGAUAUAUGCUGGUUAUAUGGAGCCCAUGGAUAGGUGCCUCCUACUUUCCAUCUCAUCUGCCCUUUUAGAAGAGGAAAGGAUCAUUGUAGAUAUCGAAUUGUUUAAAAUAUGAUGUCCCAUAGGUAAUUUAGGGAACUUAACUGGGUGUAGAUAAUUUUCUGCUUAAAUAUCUCCCUGUUUUUUAUGUAGGUUAGGUUUAACCCCACACAUGUCGUCAUAGAUAUUGGCAGGGAGACGUCUGAAUCCGAGACAGAUUGUCUUUUUAGCUUGAAGAUACUUGGAGUAGUUGGUUGGAUUUUAAUGAGUGAAGGAAAAGACUAUUUGCAUCAGCACAUUUCCAUUUACUUUGAGAGCACUAAGUUCUCACUUCAAUUUGUUUUGCUUUUGCAGAUUUUUCCCCAAAGAGUUUUUAAAGUGAUGUUUUCCUUUGCAAGAAAUUACUCAUGAAACUGAGCAGUUUUCUCUACAAGCAUUGUUUCUCUUUGCUGAUCCAUGUGAUGUAUUAAGCAUAAAAGGUCCUUUAAGAAGCACUUAAUUACUUUUUUGUAUUUUGUUCUCUGCAAGAAUUCACGUUAGGUAUAUGUAUAAUUAAACUAUUUUCUUGUCAUCUAGGGAAGUAAAAUGUUUGCUUAGCAUAUGUAUCAUUUUCCUUUAGUGGGUUUCAAGAAUAUCUUAAUGUAUUUUAGAAAAAUUUGUUGCUUCAUAGUUUUGGUGUUAUUUGCCUUGAAAUUUUUUUAUCUUGUAAGCUUACUAUUCAUUUUAGUAUCAAGGUGAAAGUUUAGUGGAUUAACUUUCAAAUGCACUGAAUUUUGUAAAAGGGACUUGGUGUAAAACACCAAAAAUAUUAUUAAAGUAUCUUCAUAUUGUGUGAGUUGUUUUAUUUUUCAUAAAUUGUUUUGUUGGCUUAGGUUAGAUUUUUGCAUUGAGGUUGCAAAUUCAUCAUGAAAUAAAUUAGAUUUAAAACUUAAUUUUUAAUUUUUUUAU